CUCGGCUGUGCAAUAUGGCGAUGGUCGGCGCGCAGCUUCCGUGACCUGUAGCCUCGCGUCUGUGCCUGUAACUAAGCUAGGGUGGGCGCGGGCACUUCCGCGGGGCAGCAGCCGGAGAGGGAGCCAUGGGGACAGUGCACGCCCGGAGUCUGGAGCCUCUUCCAUCUAAUGGACCUGACUUUGGAGCUUUGGGGGAAGAAGCCGAGUUUGUGGAAGUUGAACCUGAAGCAAAACAGGAAAUUCUGGAAAACAAAGAUGUGGUGGUUCAGCAUGUUCAUUUUGAUGGGCUUGGACGGACUAAGGAUGACAUCAUCAUUUGUGAAAUUGGAGAUGUUUUUAAGGCUAAAAACCUCAUUGAGGUAAUGCGGAGAGCUCAUGAAGCCCGUGAAAAACUGCUUCGCCUAGGAAUUUUUAGGCAAGUGGAUGUUUUGAUCGACACGUGUGAUGGUGAUGAUGCACUGCCAAAUGGACUAGAUGUCACGUUUGAAGUGACAGAGCUCAGGAGGCUGACGGGCAGUUACAAUACCAUGGUUGGGAACAACGAAGGCAGUAUGGUGCUCGGCCUCAAACUCCCCAAUCUCCUAGGACGUGCAGAAAAAGUGACUUUUCAGUUUUCUUAUGGAACCAAAGAAACUUCCUAUGGCCUGUCCUUCUUCAAACCACAGCCUGGAAACUUCGAGAGAAACUUCUCUGUAAACUUAUAUAAAGUUACCGGGCAGUUCCCGUGGAGCUCACUCCGGGAGACCGACAGAGGAGUGUCUGCCGAGUACAGUUUUCCCAUAUGGAAGACCAGUCACACCAUCAAAUGGGAGGGCGUGUGGCGGGAACUGGGCUGCCUCUCCAGGACUGCAUCGUUUGCUGUGCGGAAGGAAAGUGGCCACUCACUGAAGUCCUCUCUCUCGCAUGCCAUGGUCAUCGACUCUCGGAAUUCGUCUAUCUUACCAAGAAGAGGGGCCUUGCUCAAAGUCAACCAGGAGCUGGCGGGCUACACUGGAGGGGAUGUGAGCUUCCUCAAGGAAGACUUUGAACUUCAACUGAAUAAGCCACUCAUGUUGGAUUCGGUAUUCUCCACGUCUCUCUGGGGCGGAAUGUUGGUGCCCAUCGGUGACAAGCCAUCCAGCAUCGCUGACAGGUUUUACCUGGGCGGUCCCACAAGUGUCCGUGGAUUUAGCAUGCACAGCAUUGGACCCCAGAGUGAAGGAGACUACCUGGGAGGGGAGGCAUACUGGGCCGGGGGCCUGCACCUCUACACCCCGUUGCCCUUCCGACCAGGCCAAGGUGGCUUUGGAGAGCUUUUCAGAACCCACUUUUUCCUCAAUGCGGGCAACUUGUGCAACCUCAACUAUGGCGAGGGCCCCAAAGCCCACAUCCGGAAGCUGGCUGAAUGCAUCCGCUGGUCCUAUGGAGCGGGCAUUGUCCUCCGGCUCGGCAACAUCGCUCGUUUGGAGCUGAACUACUGCAUUCCUAUGGGUGUGCAGAGGGGCGACAGGAUUUGUGAUGGCGUCCAGUUUGGAGCUGGGAUUCGGUUCCUAUAACUUGAGUCUCCCAGGGCAGCUUGGAUGAGCAUCGCGUGUCUCCCAGGCCACAGGCCUGUUUGGAGGUGACACAGUGGAGUGCUUCUGGGCCGUAAACCUUCUGGGAAAUCACGUUAAUAAAUUUGAAACACUCA